GGGGCGGGGGGCUGUCAGUUGUAUAGAGCCCCGUGUGCCUUAUUGUAUAUGAGCAAAGUCGUUCCAGUUAGCUAAUGAAGUUGUAUCCGAUAUAUAGGAGCCAGCAAUUAAAACCUAUUUGUAAGGGGAUAAGCCAUAAGCUAGUCAAGUCAACAUGUUAAAGAACCUGACCAAGAAGCUAAGAAGACACUCACUCAAUGAGAUACACCCUUUCCAACGGAAGUUUUCUUACCACGGCAGUGGCGAGGGCGGUGAAAGUGAUGACUCGGAGGGAGAGAACCAGGAGCUUGCACAAAUAGACAGAGAGAGACGGCGAAAUUGUGCCCUCACCCCCUUGGCUACGAGCCAGCAGCACAACCAGGGUGCCCCCUCGCCAGCCCGUUUACGACGUCUGCGCUUGCUUCUUGACGCCAAUCUGGAUCGCCACUCUUCAGAGGAAGAGCUGGAGCGAAUCAGCUACGGCGACAGCAGGAAGUGGGUGUCGGCACUUCCGCAGCGCCACGGCGAUCACCACAGCAGCGCGUCCAGCGAUGAGGAGGUGCGGGAUCUUUGUGGCUGCGGUUCGCCCGCCGCCGCCGCCACCAGGCCUCUGGUCGAACCCGAUGCUCGUCUGGCUGCCACCUCCAGCCCUGUGCUCUUCAGCUCCAGUCCACCGUGCAGCAUCAAGCCGCCUCCCAUGCGCUUUCAGCUCCAAGUGGUGCAGCCAGUCACUCGGCCCAUCAUCUUGACCCACUUUGACCAGUCAGCACCCUAUAGAAAGUAUCGGCACAGCUACGGUGGAGAGUUGGGGAGGCCCAGUCUUGAUUUAGAGAAAAUGCAACAGAAAAUGCUGCUGAAAAAGAACUGCGGCGGAAAAACACGGACCAUUAAGAUUCGGACUUUGACUGGCAGUCGCCCUCCACCCAGGUACACGUACGAUCCCUCCAUUUUCGCCUUCCGGUCUUUAAGCACAGUGCCCCUAUCCGAGGAUCCUCCCUGCUCUUGAAGAAACGACCCACUGGUAGAUGAAGCCUAUCACUCCUUCUCUCAAAAGAAUGAUUGUCAGGAAAACAGACAUUUGUUUGCUGGUCCAACUAUUGCACACUCAGGUAUUCCCAUCCUGUAAACAAUGUCACUUUGAUGAUUACAAGUCAGCUUUUGGAGAACACAAUGGCCUAAUUGUAAAAUUUCUAAGGAUAUUUCAGGUUUUUCUAUGUAUAGCUGAAUAUCGCCUGGGAUUCAAAGAAAGAAGAAUUUCUUGAGCACAGAGGGUGUGAAGUGACAAGUAUGACCCUAAUUUAGCUUUGGGAUUGGAUCGCCUUCAAGGGGAAAUAAUGCAUGUACAGUAAGACAAUCAAACGGUUCCAAGGUUUCCUCCUUCAAUGGGAUAUACGGUAUUGACAUCUCCUCAGGUUAUUGGUAACUUCCUCUUUCAAACAACGGUGAGGUGGGGCAGCCGGUAUCCCAAUGUUUAGAUGCGAAACGUCACCUUUGCCUACCUGGAAAACAACUUCUAUGGAUGUGUUAUUCUUUGAAUAUGCAGGUCUUUAGGAGGUACACCAUGUGUCACUGUAGUUUAAUCUAGCCGACCUCUUGAUGUACAUUUUUCAAUGAAUACGCCAUUGUUAGUCUGGGUCAAUGUACUUGUAUUCUCUUUCCUUGCAUGAAUUCCAGGGUUUUGCAGAAAGAGAGGUACGCGAGCGUAUGGAGUCAAGAAUAGUUUGCUGCACAUUUGGCAAGUGUAAUUGGUGCUGUGUCUUGCAUAGCCAACAUGUAGUGUGCCAUUUUAUUUUUCAAUAUUGUACCUCAUUACUUUUUAGGUAGAAGAGGACCACUGCUAUGUCUCUUUAAUGCCUUGAAAUAAAAAAACACAUUCCUGUUGUGUUGAAUGAAAGUUGAGGUAGGUCUCAGCUCAUGACUCGAGCGGAUGAGUUGAUUAAAAGCCAAUGUCGGACGCCACUGUAACUGAAGAUUUCGCUGAGUUGAAUGUAACAUUGUGACACGCUUGUCAUCCCCUGUUGCACAAAAUGAAUUAAUAAAUGUUCUGUGGCCUCUUGUUUAA